AUGGCGCGCGAAGAGGAGUACCGCUGGCGGCGCGUGAUCGCCAACGACCUGGAGUCGAUCCCGUUCGCGCUCUUCAUCUUUGGCGGCGGCAUCCUCGCCGACAGCAACCCGGUCGUGCACACCAGCGCCAUGAUCAUCUACACCGUGGCCCGCUGCCUGCACUCGUACGUGUACGUUCACGCCAUGCAGCCGCACCGCGCGAUCUGCUGGGCCGUCGGCGUGCUCGCCACACUGGUUGGUGUCGGCAACGCCGCCGUAGGUCACAUCCGAAAUCGCCCAGGAGAGAUCAAGAGUCCAGCGAGCACCAUGGUCGAGAGCAACGUCAAGGUCUACAUCGCCUGCACGUCCGUGCUGUACCUCAAGUUCCUGCUGGCCACGGGCGUGCAGGGCGGCAAGAAGUUCCGCUCGGGCGGCCGCCCGCCUGAGGACGCCGGCCUGAGCCUGGCCAAGACUAUCGGCCAGGGCCGCAAGCAGACGUACGGCCUGGACAAGACGGACGACGAGAAGACGCUCAAGGCCCGCGAGGCCGAGCACCGCUGGACGCGCAUCGUGAGCAACGACCUCGAGUCGAUCCCCUUCGCGCUCUUCGUGUUCGGCGGCGGCAUCCUGGUCGGCAGCAACCCGACGGUGCACGCCGGCGCCAUGACCGUCUACACGGUGGCCCGCUGCCUGCACACGUACGUGUACGCGCACGCCAUGCAGCCGCACCGCGCGAUUUGCUGGGGCGUGGGCGUGGUGGCCACGCUGGUCGGUCUCGGCAACGCUGUCGCCGCCAUCCUGUGAGCUCAGUAGAGAGAUACAUUGCUGAAUAACACGAGUGAGACAUACAUUGUGAGCUCUGC